AUGGUGACCGCCCCGCCCUACACCCGCGAACUCGAGGUCGCGCAGCUCGCCGUCCAGCGCGCCACCAUCCUCACCAGGCGCGUCUUCCAUGAAAAGGCCAAGGGCACCGUCGACAAGAACGACAAGUCCCCCGUGACCAUCGGGGACUUUGGCGCCCAGGCACUCGUAAUUUCCGCGCUCAAGCACAACUUCCCCGGCGAUGCCAUCGUCGCCGAGGAGGAAGCCGCUCAGCUGAAAGAGGAUGCGGGCCUGCGCGAGACGAUCUGGGGCCUUGUCAAGGACACCAAGCUGGACGACGACCAGGCGGAGCAGACGCUCGGCGGGGGGAUCGAGAGCGUCGAUUCCAUGCUGGAAUUGAUCGAUCUUGGAAACAGCCCUGGCGGUUCCAGGGGCCGUGUCUGGACCAUUGACCCCAUCGACGGGACCAAGGGGUUUCUAAGGGGCGGCCAGUACGCCGUGUGCCUCGGAUUCAUGGUCGAUGGGGAAGUGAGAGUCGGCGUGCUCGGCUGCCCCAACUUGCCGGUGGAUGACUCGGCUCGCCUGACGGUAGAUAUUGGGUCCAACGCCACCGACCGAGGACGAGGCGUCAUCUUCUCCGCCGUCGAGCACAGGGGAGCGGAUAGCCGACCGUUGACGACGGGCGCUCUCUCCCCGGACAGCAAGCACAUUGGCAUGCGGCCCGUCGAGGACCUCGCCACCGCUACGUUUUGCGAGUCCGUCGAGCCGGGACACUCGUCGCACCAUGAUCAGGCCCUCAUCUCGCGGAGGCUGGGCAUCACAGGGCCGUCGGUCAGGAUGGACAGCCAGGCCAAGUACGGCUCGAUUGCCCGUGGUGCGGGGGAUAUCUAUCUCCGUCUGCCCGUGAAAGCCAGCUACAGCGAGAAGAUCUGGGACCACGCGGCCGGCGACCUGAUUGUGCGGGAGUCAGGGGGCCAAGUUACAGAUAUUCACGGAAAGAGAUUGGAUUUCAGUCUGGGCCGGACACUGGCAAACAACAAGGGUGUCGUGGCUGCUCCUUUGGGCGUCCACGACCGAGUGCUCAAGGCUGUGCAGGAGGUGUUGAAGAUCGGGCAAUAA